CAAGUUUCAAGUUGACCCAUUCUUUUGCCGACGAACGUCCUAGCAAAACCCAAGUUUAGGCGUUACGUUGUAAGCCAGGCUAAAGGAUAGAGGGGGAAACGUGAUCUGGGUAAAAAGCUGCUACGUCUCAAGGAUUUGCCAGUGUACAUUCGAUCAUAGAGAAGCCUGGUUAAUGUUACUGAAAGAGUUACACUGAUAGCUAGCAGGAGAGCAUUGAACCUAGCUAGCAGCCGUCUGCAUAUUGACUCUGCAAUGUAAAAAGAAGUGUCGUUAACCCAAAGAACAGAAAUGACAAAUUAUGACAGAAGCGGCCAGCUGGAAGUAUGGGCUAAAGAAGAAUGGCAUGCAGCAACAGUAUCUUUAAAUGGAGAUGCUGGAUGUCUGUAUAUCACACUGGAAAAUCCAUCAACAAACCAAAGAGACACCACAGAUACCCUUAAUACACCAAUAAUUUCAGCUGAGCAAUAUCGAGAUUCACUGGCAAAUCAAAAGAGAAUUGUUCGCAUCCUUAAGUCAGAUAACACUGGUUUAGGCAUAUCAAUUAAAGGUGGCCGUGAGAAUCGAAUGCCAAUUUUGAUUUCUAAGAUUUUCAAGGGGUUGGCAGCAGAUCAAACUGAGCAACUAUAUGUUGGAGAUGCUAUUCUUUCUGUCAAUGGAGAAGAUCUACAUAAUGCAACACAUGAUGAAGCCGUUUCUGCUUUAAAGAAUGCCGGAAAAACUGUUGAGCUGGAAGUGAAGUAUCUCCGGGAAGUGACACCGUACAUCCGCAAAGCCUCGUUACUGAGCGACAUCGGAUGGGAAUUGCAGCGCCAAUUUUUGGGUUUUUCUCAUGUGGCACAAGCCUCAACCAAGCCGGAUACACGAUCGGUUCCUCUUCUCUUCUGUUGCCUGUCGAGACGAUUGAAAACUAGCAAAAAGAACGAUAACCGAGUUUUGGAAAUUCACUCACCGGAUGGACUACAAUCUUGUCUACUACGUGCAUCAGACGUGUCGCAAGCAUCCCAAUGGUUUGCGUCGUUACACACAGCCAUUUCGGUAUUAUCAUCACGUGGCUUAGCCGAGAACGGACAUCGGAUUGCGAAAGCUUUAAGCGCAGCUUCCAUAAGAAUGUGGGGUUGGUUGGCCCUCUUGGGUCCCCGACCUAAAGAUGCUCACAAUAGUAGUAAUGUGGAUAAUGGAAGCUUAAACAGUCAUGGCAAUGAUCCAUCCUUCCUGACGAGCGAUAAUUUAAGCGAACUUUGGCAACCAAUUUUUGUGGCCUUGACUGAUCGGGAUAUUUUGCUCUAUGACACUGUACCGUGGAGCAUUGAUGGCUGGACCAAACCCAACGCCCGCAUACCACUCCUAAUGACAAGGUUGGUAAGCAGUAAUAAAAGUAAUACGGAAGGGGAGUUCUGCACGUUUUGUAUUCGUACUGGAACGUCUAAAGGAGUUGUGAAUCGCGUAUUCCGUGCGGAAUGCGAACGAGACUUGACGUCGUGGGCCCGUGGCCUUGUUACAGGAACGCACAAUUGUGUAGUCGCUGUCAGAGAAGCCGCAUGGGAUUGUUUAUGGCGAGGACAAGAGGCCCGUCUUUACUUGCACUAUGAAGAAGGUUUAAAGCUCUAUCCAGCUUCCGAAAUUCAGUGCACUGAAAAAUCGAAUACUCUGCCCGUUCCAUUUUGGAAAGCCCCAUUUGGCAAUUUACGCCAUUCAGCUGAUGAUGGAGUUCGUACUCUGUGGCUUGAUAUUGGAAACGAAGAAGGGGAAAUAGAGUUGGAUAUGUUAACGUGUCCGAAGCCAUUCGUCUUUACUUUACAUUCUUUCUUAUCCGGUAAAAUCAAUCGAAUGGGGAUGAUAACGUGAUUCCUCGGCAAAGUAUUCUUUGCAAUUCCUUUCCAUAAAACAUAUUCCAUAUGCCUGCCGAAGAUAACUUUAUCAAGAGCGACUAAGCUAGUUACGAGGAGUAAAUGUUAAAUUUCUUGUCAGUAAAGGUGAGAGAAGACAUACAGCUAAAGAAUCAGUUUUGCGUGUUAAAGCCAUGCAGCUUAUAUUCAAUUGUUUACAACAAUUUGUUAUCUUAAAUAUACUGUCAAUUGAG